GUCUUUAGUUUUUGUCUACCCUCGAGAGUUUAAAUUUUAUUUUGGCGACAUCGCGGGAACGGUGAGGCGACCCUAAAGAUUACGAAGAACCCCUAAAAACUCCUCCUGUAUUCGCGAAUACUGAUCUCUUAUGAAGGCGGCAAAACGGAAAGGAAAAAUCCAAAUAUUAAAAUUAAAAAAAAAUGCCAGUAGCUAGGCCCGAGCCCCAGGAAGCUCGAGUUAUCGCUCAUGUCGAUUUGGAUUGUUUCUAUGUACAAGUGGCCAGGCGAAUCCAGCGCUAUUUUGUUGUCUGAUUACAGGUGCUUUGCAUGCCGGAAUCGAUGGAAAUUGAACUCAAUUAAUUUACCGAAGUUAAAAUGUGCAGGCACGUUUCUUCAAUAGAGCAAAGGAAGAGGCCAGAAUUACGUGGAAGACCUACAGCAGUUGUACAGUAUAAUUCUUGGAAGGGAGGAGGCUUGAUUGCUGUGGGUUAUGAGGCUCGUGCCUUUGGUGUUAAACGUUCAAUGCGGGGAGAUGAAGCCAAAAAAGCAUGUCCGGAUAUUCAGCUAGUCCAGGUUCCGGUAGCCCGGGGAAAAGCUGACUUGACUUUGUAUCGUGAAGCAGGAUCUGAGGUAGUUUCUGUGCUGGCAAGAAAGGGAAGAUGCGAGCGUGCAUCUAUAGAUGAGGUAUAUCUUGACAUUACUGAUGCAGCUACAGCAUUGCUGUCAGAACAGCCACCUGAAUCAGUUGAAUUGUUUUCAGAUGAGGUUCUUAAAACACACAUUGUGGGCCUUUCAAAGGAUGGUGAAGAUAGAAGAGAAAUGAUGAAAAGUUGGCUAUGCAGCAAUAACACAGACCACAAGAAUAGAAUGUUGGUGUGCGGAGCAAUAAUUGUUGCAGAGCUUCGGAUGCAAGUCUUGUCUGAAACUCAGUUCACCUGCUCUGCAGGCAUUGCCCACAACAAGAUGUUGGCAAAACUUGCAAGUGGAAUGCAUAAGCCUGCACAGCAGACCGUUGUACCUGGUGCAUGUGUGCCAGAUUUACUUGCAUCUCUGCCAGUGAAAAAAAUGAAACAGCUGGGAGGUAAACUUGGGAGCUCCUUAGAGAGUGAUCUUGGUGUUCAAACUGUUGGAGACUUGUUGCAGUUUUCUGAACAAAAGCUGCAGGAGCGUUAUGGAAUGAAUACUGGGACAUGGUUAUGGAAUAUUGCAAGAGGAAUCAGUGGAGAUGAAGUUAAGGGCCGUCUGCUUCCUAAGAGUCAAGGCUGUGGCAAAACAUUUCCAGGUCCUCAAGCUUUAAGAACUAUUGCCUCUGUUGAGCAUUGGCUGGGUGAACUUUCUGCAGAGUUAAAUGAUCGUAUACAGGUUGAUCUAGAGCAAAAUAAACGCAUUGCUCAUCAGCUCAUUCUGCAUGCUCGAGCUCACCAGGAAUAUGGCAUGAAUUCCAACAGAAAGUUUCCAUCCAAGUCCUGUCCGUUAAGAUAUGGCAAGGAAAAAAUAUUACAAGAUGCUCUUCAGCUUUUUGAACACGGAUUACGGGAGUAUUGUGGAGGAUAUGGAGGGGGGAAGCGAGACAGUCAACAUGGUCAUGCUUGGGCAAUAGUUGGACUAUCAGUAACAGCUUCUAACUUUUUUGCCACUCCAUCAGGUGUGAAUCCAAUAACUCGUUUUUUCCCAGGAUCAACUUCCAUCUCUGAUUCCUCUGCAGACUUGCAUCUAUCUGCUAAAGACCUUAAUCAUGAUGAAACAACACAGGACAAAAAAAGUUUGAGAGAAGAAUAUGUGGAGGAAAUCGCUGAAGACAGUACAACAGGCCUACAACCUGAUAUUUGUCAGAUGGGGAUUGACACAAAUGAUAUUUUUCAGAUGGGGAUUGACACAAAUGAUAUUUUUCAGAUGGGGAUUGACACAAAUGAGGAUUGCAUUAGUAGUUGUUCUUUUACUGAAGCAGAGGAUACACGUUCAGUAGCUGGGGGAUCAAAGAAUAAUAUAGAGCCAGGGGAAAUUCUUAAUCAAGUAAAAGAGAAAUUGGUCCCGUUUCAAUAUUUUCAAAUAACUUCUGAUGAGAAUUGUGAUGGGCAUGCAAACAGCUCAUACCAGCCAACUAAGGAUCCACUAACUUGUUUUAAAACUGUAUCAAGAAAGAAAGAAGCAGCCAGCCUUUAUCAUGCAGGCAAUAAAGCUGAAAGACUUUCAAGUGAAACUUUCAUCCAGGACCAUGAACAGAAACAAGGUAUAAAGAAAAUGCGUCAUCUUGAAACAAAACCAGACAAGAAAGUAGUUUCGUUAAAAUUGGAGGAUAUUUGGAAAAAGAGUGGAGAUGCUUCAUCAACUGUGUCAAGUACUCAACAAAUUGAUAACCAAAAAUGGUAUUACAAACCAGAGGAGAUUGAUGAGUCAAUUCUUACAGAACUUCCUGAAGAAAUUCAGCUUGAGCUUCGUAGUAGCUUAAGAAUCAAGCAUCAGCACACGAUUAAAUGUCCUACAAUUGGUGAUUAUUUUAAACAUAAGUCAAACUCCUAGACAACUGGAAUUCUUAAUUCUUGUCUAAACAAACUGGAAGUCUUGAAGCUAACCACUUUGUAUAUAUAUAUUUUAGCCUAUUUGUUCUAAUAACAUUCUGUCUUCCUUCAGCACCCAUCAAUCUAAUGUGUCCAUGAUGGCUGUCCUCGAGUCAAUAUAAUCAAGUCUGCAACGUUGCUUUGUUCCAAA